AUGGAGUUUAAUCCGCAAACUGGUACAAUAAAGGGGAAUUGGGUUGAAGCAAUUAAUCGACUUGCUAAUUUGACUGAUUCGAGACUUGAGAAAAACAAAAACAAAAAUAUGUUGGAAUACGACUCUAUUACAGCGUUCUUCCCAUAUACAAGCGGUGGCGAGAAACCCGCAGGUGAUUGUAUUGAAUUGUACGAUUUUCCUGACAGGAUAGUUGAAGUGACAUUCACUGUUGAUAUCAAAGAAGCUGAAAAGUUGAAAUUUAUUGUGGAUUUAUGCAUCCGGAAGGCCAAAGUCAAAUCCCCCAGAUUGAAGUUGAACA